AUGAUGCUGCCCACCCCCUUCUCGGUGAAGGACAUCCUCAACCUGGAGCGGCCGGGAGCUACCGGGGGACCCCGCGCAGCUGCCCGCACCCCCGGGGGGGAGGACGAGCCACCGCAGCCGCUUUUUCUUGCUGCAGGAAAAUGUUUGCUCGCCCACCCCUUCGAGGCAGACGAGAAGAAAGCCGACCCCUGCCAGCACCCCAAGCCACGACAGCGACGAAAACCCCGCGUUUUAUUCUCCCAAGCUCAGGUAUUCGAACUGGAGCAGCGAUUUAAACAACAGAAAUACCUCUCAGCUCCGGAAAGGGAGCACCUCGCCAGCGUGCUCAAGCUCACCUCCACGCAGGUGAAAAUCUGGUUCCAAAACCGGAGGUACAAGUGCAAGAGGCAAAGGCAGGACAAAUCCCUGGAGCUGGCUGCCCACCCGCUGCCCCCGCGCAGGGUGGCCGUGCCGGUGCUGGUCAGGGAUGGCAAACCCUGCCUCGGGGGCUCCCAGCCUUACCCAGCCCCGUACAGCAUCACCGCCAGCCCUUACUCCUAUAGCUCCUACUACAGUGCCUAUAGCAACAGCCCGUAUGGUGCCAGCUACCGGGGGGGCUACACCGGGCUGCCCCCCAACGCCGUCCCCACCGUGAGCUUGGGCACGGCCGGCGCUGCUCAGCACCAGCCCGCCUGCCUGCAAGCGGGGAUCAGGGUUUGGUAG